GCAGCGCCAUGCGUCGAACUCACUUCACUCCUGUCACGCCCACGCGCCAAUUCAGCGCCGCAACGUUCCCCUCACUGCCCCAACUCGAGUCAACCAACCUCCCAUCAAGCAAGAUCUCGCCUCCGCGACUCGUAAUUCUGGGUCCGCCGGCUGGAGGCAAGGGAACUCAAUGCGAACUUCUUGUCCAAUUGCUCGGAGUCGUGCACCUGUCGACGGGUAACAUCCUCCGCCAAGCCAUUCACGACCAGACGCCGCUAGGUCUCAAGGCUCAGCAGUUCAUGGACCACGGCGAGCUCGUGCCCGACGACAUCAUCGUCGACGUUGUCCUCGCACGUCUCGCUGAGUCGGACUGCGCGACUAGGGGCUGGCUGCUGGACGGCUUCCCUCGCACUGCCAGACAAGCGGAAGCGCUGCUGACUGCUCAAGGUGGGAUGGCAGCCCCUGACUGUGUCCUGGAGCUGGAAGUCCCCGACAAGGAGGUGAUCCGACGCAUCGCCGGUCGACGAGUGGACCCCGUGACGGGGAAAACUUACCACGUCGAGUUCAGCCCGCCGCCGGCCGAUGUGGCCGCCCGCGUGGUGCAGCGCAGCGAUGACACGGAGGAGAAGAUCCAGACGCGGUUGAUGCAGUUCCACGCGCACGCGGACGCCGUCCGCACCGUGUUUGAGAACUACCGAGGCGAAUUC